AUGUCGUCCUGCGAGGAGCUCUCCAGCUCGUCUCAUCCUUCUUUAGCAUGCCCUAGUUCUGCCGACCUACAAGAUGACAUGUCCAGCUCUACGCUCGCUCUUCUUACAGCCUCGGACCUCCCUUCUUCUUCCCAGAAUGACGCCUCGAACGUCGCCACCACUGCUCUCCACCUGGAGCGCUACGCUUCGGAGCUUUUGCUCUGGCUACAGCGCUCGGACGUGACAGUUCCAGCCGACGACGCACUCUUCUUCUUUGAGACGCGCCACCCGGAACUGCUGGACGACUUGCCACUUCUAUUCGCGUGGCUGUCGCUCUUCCUGGCGCAGCAUGAAGACGCCUCCGGAGACAUGACUGCUGUUGCCGGGCAAUUUGCACUCAAGAGCGCCCUUACGCUUCUGUACUGUAAGCACGACAGGCCCCGAGCCGCCUUUCAGGACGAGAGGGGUCUGCUGGAAUGGGUGCUAAGCCACAGAGAUGUUCCGCUUACUAGACAGGACAUCGUCGACCACGUGAUGGAGCAGUAUCCGGUCUUUGCGGCCUCCAAGAGCGCGGCGGCACUCAAGGUCUGGACGUCUAGAUUUCUCAAGAAGCACAUCCCGCCGCAUGACGAAUCUGACGCCGCUGCUAAUGCCUCACGCCGAUCGGGUUCGGGAAAGUACAUGCUCUUUUCAAACGAAUUCAAGUUGCACGCAGUAAAUAUGCUGGACGAAGGUAAAAGUGUCACCCAAGUGGCCGAAGAAUUGGGACUUAAGAACCCGAAUUGUUUGAGUUAUUGGAAGAGUAUUCGAGACAAACUAGUCACGGCCGAGAGAAAGAGAUUCCGCUUAGCAGGAGGAGGACGACGCAGUAGCUGUUCAUUCGAGGACGAACUGCUCACAUGGGUCAGUGAGCGACACCAUCAAGGCCUAGGCACCGAUGUCAAGGCGGUACUCGAGUACAUGAAAGAGUAUCAUUCGUCGUUUACCGAAGGCAAGAAGGAGCCAACACUGCGCAAAUGGAUCCUUCGCUUUUUUAAACGCUGCUGGCGCGCCCCCUCCACGUCCAUUGACUCACAGGUUGCAGAAAAGUCGUAUAUAUUUGUCUAG